CUGGCCGGUGCACUCAACGCCCCUGCAGUCGGCCUGACUGCAGUCAGUCAGCUCAAACUGACCAACGGAAACCUUUCAUCCUCAGGAAAGAUGAUGAUGGUGAACGACGUCACUCUGGUGGAGUGUAAGAUCGAUGACAGCGACGAAGAGCAGAUGACCACUCCUCCUCCUCCUCCAGAGUUUGCGUCCAAAGCUUCAACUCCAGCACCCAAAUCUCCGACCCCUCCCUCAGUCCCCGUUACACCCGCACCCACCCGCCCCGUCAGCAGGGACCCCAAUGGCAUCAACAGGCACCUAAAGGUCAUUGCAGCUACUUUGUUGGAGCUUAUGGCUCUGGAGGUGAGCGACGUUCUGGCAGAACCGAACACACCUCACACCAUAGACGGAGUCUGGAUUUACAGCCUUUCUGGCUUCGAGAGGACUCGUAUCUGGACCUACCGCUGCCUCUCCCUGCUUUUUGCUGUGCCCUUGGCUCUCCUUUGCGGAGUUUUUCUGGCUAUUCUUGCCUGCCUACGAGUCUGGUACGUUGUGGCCAAGUCAUGUUUCUAGUUCCUUGCGUUCAGCUGAGCAACACCUUCCUCCCGUGCAUGCGGUCUUUGUGUAUGUGUGCUGUAAAUGUUUUCAUCUCUCCUUUUUGUGUGUCCGUUGCUCUGUGCUGCAGUCAAAUGGCAGUUUCACUGUCAAACAAGGACCCGGAUCAAAUAAGAAACAAAGACAAUGUAUGACUGAGAAGUAUUGAGUAAACUUGUGUGUAUAAAAAGAGUGAGUUCAGUGUGUGCUUUUAUGUCUUUUUCAUCUCAGAUUACUUAAUAUUACUUGUAUUUAUCGUUAUUAAUAGCUUUUACUAUUGUUAGUGAUCAAAAUUGUGCAUGUCAAAAAACUUUAUCAAGCUGUAAAUAAAGUAAUAAAGUACUA